AUGGCUGAUUCGCCGGGCAACUUCGAGCCGCAUUUUUGGGAAAAUGUUGUUUUGCAGUUCAGUCAUCGAUACACUGCUGUGAAACAAUCAUUGGUUGCACUUAGUGCUAUUUAUGAGGAGUAUGGACGGAAUCAGAGUUCGGAGAACCCUGGCGCGGUUCAGUACAGUGAUUUGACAAUACAACGAUACAAUAAAGCUGUCAGAGAGCUUGUGAAGUAUCUCGCCACGGGAGAGCAGAACACCACUGUCGCUCUCAUAUCAUGUUUGAUCUUCGUGUGGAUAGAGUUCUUGCAAGGAGAUCUGUCAACAGGAAUCCGCCACCUAGAAUCAGGUCUCAAAAUUUCUCUCCACCCACGUCUCAUCUCAACCAGCACAUCUCCAUCGAGAUACAGCCGAAAUCAACGCCUCACUUGA